AUGGUUUUCACUCCUAGCAGCUCGGCGGGCGAUCUGCCCCCGAUUCCUGAUAAUAUCCCGAUCAGCGAGUUCAUGCUUACGGACCUCUAUGGGCGCAAUCCUCUUGGGUAUUCAAAGGAUCCCUUCACCUGCGGAUUUUCCGGGAAGUCGUAUUCUUCUCUGGAGGUGGUAGACCGGGUGGACUAUCUAUCGCGAGGGCUUGCGAAGGAAUUCGGCUGGGCUCCCAACCAGGGCACGGAAUGGGACAAGACUGUGGGGAUUUUCAGUUUGAACACCAUCGAUACUAUCCCCUUGUGCUGGGCAACCCACCAGCUGGGUGGAAUCGUGUCUCCUGCCAACGCCGCAUACUCGGCUGCUGAGCUCAAACAUCAGUUGUUGGAUUCGGGGGCCAAGGCCCUGUUCACAUGUCUUCCCUUGCUUUCUACCGCGCUAGAGGCGGCCUCUUUGGCUGGAUUCCCCAAAAACCGCAUCUAUUUGAUCGAUCUCCCGAGCCAACUCACCGGCGGUGCGAAGGCUCCGGCAGAGUACAAGACUCUCGAGCAAUUUCUCGAGGCUGGGAAAUCGCUGCCCAAGUUGGAGAAACUCAACUGGUCGGCUGGUGAAGGCGCUCGACGCACCGCAUUCUUGUGCUACUCCAGCGGAACAUCCGGCUUGCCGAAAGGUGUAAUGAUUUCUCAUCGCAAUGUCAUCGCCAACGUUCUGCAAAUUACCGCUUCCGAAAAGAAGUACCGCGCAUCUCUCACUCCUCCCGGAAGUCAGUCCCAGCAUACCGAGGUCGCAUUGGGUCUGCUCCCUCAGAGUCACAUCUAUUCUCUGGUAGUCAUCUGCCACUCCUCUCCCUAUCGAGGUGAUCAGGUUGUUGUGCUGCCCAAAUUCGAGCUGAAGUCGUAUUUGGCUGCCAUUGAGAAGUUCAAGAUCUCUGUCCUGUUGCUGGUCCCGCCAAUCAUCAUCACUAUGCUCCGAAACCCCGAGGAAUGCUUGAAGCACAAUUUGAGCUCUGUGACUUCGUUAUUCACCGGAGCAGCACCUUUGGGAAUGGAGACGGCGGCCGACUUCGUGAAGGUCUAUUCAAAUGUUAUUAUUCGUCAAGGAUACGGUCUUACCGAGACCUCAACCGUUGUCUCCUCGACAUAUCCGGAUGACGUCUAUCUGGGAUCCUCUGGCAGCUUGAUCCCCGGAGUCGAAGCGCGUAUUGUAACCCCGGAGAAUGAGGAGAUCAUUGCCUACGAUACUCCAGGUGAACUGUUAGUGCGCAGCCCUAGUGUCGUCCUGGGCUAUCUCAACAACGAGAAAGCGAACAAGGAAACCUUUGAGGAUGGUUGGAUGCGCACCGGUGACGAGGCCGUCGUCCGUCUGAGCCCCAACGGCAAGGAGCACGUCUUCAUUGUUGACCGGAUCAAGGAGCUCAUCAAGGUCAAGGGAUUGCAAGUGGCCCCAGCCGAACUCGAGGCCCACCUUCUCACCCACCCUGCGGUCGCCGACUGUGCUGUUAUUGCCAUUCCCGAUGAAGCCGCCGGAGAGGUUCCCAAGGCUAUCGUGGCCAAAUCGCCCUCCGCUGGCGCAGAUGACGAGGCAGCCGCCAAGUCCAUCAUCAAGUUUGUGGAGGAACACAAGGCCCGCCACAAGUGGUUGAAGGGCGGCGUUCGCUUCGUCGAGGCCGUUCCCAAGAGCCCCAGUGGUAAGAUUCUCCGUCGCCUACUCCGCGACCAAGAGAAGGAGGCUCGCCGCAAGGCCGGUUCUAAGCUGUAA